CGCUCACUCGUCGUUGAUUCUCUCGGUGAACACGCUGUCAAUUCUCCUCUGUCGACUUCCGCAAUGGCCGUUCAGGACGAACUCGAGUACCUCAAGUCUCUCGUGACUCAACUCAACGAGAAGAUCCACAACCUCGAGGCGAAGGCGAAGGACGCGGUCUCGGGUUCGAAGACGCCAGCGCAGCAGCUCAGGACGAUCUUGGUUGGUCCUCCUGGAGCCGGAAAGGGUACUCAGGCCCCCAAAAUUCGGGAUGAGUUCUGUGUCUGCCACAUUGCCACCGGUGACCUGCUUCGCGACCAGGUCUCGCGGAAGACGAAGCUUGGUGUGGAGGCGAAGAAGGUCAUGGAUGCCGGUGGACUCGUCGGCGAUGAUAUCGUCGUGGGCAUGAUCAAGGAUCAGCUGGAGAACAACAAGGCGUGCAAGAACGGCUUCGUUUUGGACGGUUUCCCCCGUACUGUCCCACAGGCCUCCAUGUUGGACCAGAUGCUCCAGGCGCGCAAGGAGAAGCUUGACUCCGUCGUGCAGCUCGUGAUCGAGGACCAAUUGUUGAUUUCCCGAAUCACCGGUCGUCUCAUCCACCCCGCCAGUGGGCGCUCCUACCAUCGCGAGUUCAACCCGCCGAAAAAGCCCAUGGUCGACGACAUUACCGGCGAGCCCCUCGUGCAGCGUUCAGAUGAUAACGUCGAAGCGUUGCGCAAGCGCCUCACCGUCUUCCACUCUCAGACCGGCCCUGUCGUCGACUACUACAAGCAGAAGGGCAUCUGGUACCCGAUCGACGCCGCCCAGUCGCCCAAGGUCGUAUGGGAGAACCUGCGCGGGAUUCUCGUCAAGACGGCUUCCAAGUCAUCGUGACGGUAGAUACAUUCGUACGUUAUUCGGACCGUACUGGCGCCUUUCUCUGCUAUCGUACCUUCCUGUAGUACAUAUAGAGUUGCGAAGUCU